AUGGCGAUCUCAGCCCGAAUGGGCCUGGAGUCCUGGUUCUGGAACCCCAAAUCCAUCUUCCUUAUCUGCCACCCUCACCCCAGUUUGAGACUUCGGGGGCUGAUGAUUCCUGUCUUCUGCGUGGUGGAGCAGUUGGACGGCUCUCUCGAAUAUGACAACCGAGAAGAACACGCCGAGUUCGUGCUGGUUCGGAAGGACGUGCUCUUCAGCCAGCUGGUGGAGACGGCGCUGCUGGCCCUGGGCUACUCCCACAGCUCCGCCGCCCAGGCCCAAGGAAUAAUCAAGCUGGGCAGGUGGAACCCGCUCCCGCUCAGCUAUGUGACCGAGGCCCCCGACGCCACGGUGGCCGACAUGCUGCAGGACGUCUAUCACGUCGUGACGCUGAAGAUCCAGCUGCAGAGUUGCUCGAAGUUGGAAGACUUGCCCGCGGAGCAGUGGAACCACGCCACCGUCCGCAAUGCCUUAAAGGAACUGCUCAAAGAGAUGAACCAGAGCACACUAGCCAAAGAAUGCCCUCUCUCCCAGAGUAUGAUUUCAUCCAUUGUAAAUAGCACAUAUUAUGCCAACGUGUCAGCAACCAAGUGCCAGGAGUUUGGGCGAUGGUAUAAGAAGUACAAGAAGAUUAAAGCAAUCCAGCGUCCAAUGCAUUUACCAAAUAUGAAUCAGCUGGCAUCCUUGGGGAAAACCAACGAACAGUCUCCUCAUAGCCAAAUCCACCACAGCACUCCAGUCCGAAACCAAGUGCCCGCGUUACAGCCCAUCAUGAGCCCGGGGCUUCUCUCCCCGCAGCUGAGCCCACAGCUUGUCAGGCAGCAAAUCGCCAUGGCCCAUCUGAUAAACCAGCAGAUUGCCGUGAGCCGCCUCCUGGCUCACCAGCACCCUCAGGCCAUCAACCAGCAGUUCCUGAACCAUCCGCCCAUCCCCAGAGCAGUGAAGCCAGAGCCAACCAACUCCUCUGUGGAAGUCUCUCCCGAUAUCUACCAGCAAGUCAGAGACGAGCUGAAGCGGGCCAGCGUGUCCCAAGCUGUCUUUGCAAGAGUGGCGUUCAACCGCACACAGGGCCUGCUGUCCGAGAUCCUCCGGAAGGAGGAAGACCCGCGGACGGCCUCGCAGUCCCUCCUGGUGAACCUGCGGGCCAUGCAGAAUUUCCUCAACCUCCCCGAGGUGGAGCGGGACCGCAUCUACCAGGACGAGCGGGAGCGGAGCAUGAACCCCAACGUGAGCAUGGUGUCCUCGGCCUCCAGCAGUCCCAGCUCCUCCCGGACCCCUCAGGCCAAAACCUCCACGCCGACAGCAGACCUCCCCAUCAAGGUGGACGGCGCCAACGUCAACAUCACAGCUGCCAUUUACGAUGAGAUCCAGCAGGAGAUGAAAAGGGCCAAGGUGUCCCAAGCCCUGUUCGCCAAGGUGGCUGCAAAUAAAAGUCAGGGCUGGCUGUGCGAGCUGCUCCGCUGGAAGGAGAACCCCAGCCCGGAGAACCGCACGCUCUGGGAGAACCUGUGCACCAUCCGUCGCUUCCUGAACCUCCCCCAGCACGAGCGGGACGUGAUCUACGAGGAGGAGUCGCGGCACCACCACAGCGAGCGCAUGCAGCACGUGGUCCAGCUGCCGCCCGAGCCAGUGCAGGUCCUUCACAGGCAGCAGGCCCAGGCGACCAAGGAGAGCUCCCCUCCCCGCGAGGAGGCCCCGCCGCCGCCGCCGCCCGCAGAAGACAGUUGUGCCAAAAAGCCCCGGUCUCGCACCAAGAUCUCCUUGGAAGCCCUGGGGAUCCUGCAGAGCUUCAUCCAUGACGUGGGCCUGUACCCCGACCAGGAGGCCAUCCACACGCUCUCGGCGCAGCUGGACCUGCCCAAGCACACCAUCAUCAAGUUCUUCCAGAACCAGCGGUACCACGUGAAGCACCACGGCAAGCUCAAGGAGCACCUGGGCGCCGCGGUGGACGUGGCCGAGUACAAGGACGAGGAGCUGCUGACCGAGUCGGAGGAGAACGACAGCGAGGAGGGCUCGGAGGAGAUGUUCAAGGUGGAGGCGGAGGAGGAGGGCGCGGACAAGGGCAAGGCCGCGCCUGCGGACAGCGACCAGAGAUAAUGUGAACCCCGACCAGGCACAGCAAUACAUCGGAUACACCUGUAGAGUGAAUACGUUCAGUAUUUCCCAACCAGAGGUCGCCUUGGCAAAGACACUCGAGUGUUACACUUGGACCAUGGCUGGAGCACAGUCAUGCCGGCCCCGGAGACUCUGCCUUUGCUGUUCUUGCACUUCAUCGAAGAGCCAGGGGGCCAGUCCCGGGAGGAAAAGACAGACGAGACACAUGAAGGAAGCGACACGUGUGUGUAUAUGUAUAUGUACAUAUCUAUAUAUUUACAUAUAUAUAUGAAAAUUGCAUGGGACAGAGAACCUUACAACCGGAAAGAAGAGACUGUGAAAUGAGUUCUUGGAGAAGAGACUUGUUUAUGUAUUAAAAACAAAAAAAAAAACCACUUCCCAGUGAGUCGCUUUGGCUUUUUGAUAAACUUCGGCCUGCUCUCAGGGUGGGGUGACUAUUUUUGAAUUCCUAUUUAUUUUCUGUGUUUAUCCCUGAUUUUUUUUUGAAUUCUAUGGCUUCCUAUCUGGCAGCUUGAUGGGUAAUUUUUGAGGUAUGUAUUUAA